UUUGCCCGAAUCUUUGUUCCUCGUAAUUAAUUGUUCGAGUAUAUGCGCGGCAUGGGAUGCGCAAACGACUUGAGCGCGAACAAAUUUUCUCGCAGUUCAGCGCCGUUGCUCCAUCGGUUCGCAUGUGUCGUUUAUCAUCCGCGUCAUUUUCACGAACAAAAGUGUCGAUGACCACGCGUUUAACACUAUCUCGCUCCUUCGCGUAAGAUUAUUAUUUUCGACGUGUAUCCAUAUCUUAUAAGGCCGGGCAACGUAAAGUUGGUUCGCAGGAACUUUCUUCCACUUUAAAUUAACGCGAGUAUUCAUUUCAUUUUCGUUAGUUUCCUUGCAACGAAUCAUUUUUUCUCGCAAUUGUUUUCCAAUCUACCGGCACCAUCGGUCAAAACAAUAACAAACUAAAUUUUGUUUAUCGUUGUUUCCAUUAUAUCGGUCGAACGUGGAUCGAGUGUAAGAAAAAGAAGACACGCGAUCGCCUUCCACCCAUCGCCAAGCACGUGUUCGUUAGCACGUGGCACCGAAGAAGAUGUGAAACGGUUCACGGUAUCUUAUUGUUCUCGCGGCGACGCGCGUUAUUCGGCAAAUUGACAAUUUCAUUGUUUCUUAUGAUGAGAGCGUAGCAAAGAAAUGGAGACGCUUUACACGGGAGCGAUCCACGGAUUCCCUCGAUCGAACGGCGGCUCCCCUAAUGGAGUUUCCACAGGAAUCGCCAGCUCGUUCGAUCAGGAUGGCGUUUUGAGCCUCAUCGUCGUUCUGGGCGGAAGCUUGUCCCUCGUUGCGCUGGUCUUCGCCUUCAUUACCUACAGCUUGUUUUCGGAUCUACGGAGCCUGGCAGGCACGACCCUUAUGAAUCUCUUGGCAGCCCUUUUCAUGGUUCAACUGCUCUUCAUCGUCGGAGUGGGUGGCGUUCAGGACUCGGAGCUGUGCAUUUCUCUGGGACUGAGCCUACAGUAUCUUCGGAUGACCGUGGUCUGUUGGCUAGCCGCGAUGUGCCAUCACCUUUACGCCACAGUCGCCUCGAUACCGCGUCGCGACGACCCACCGACCUACCUCAAGUACAGCGUCUUCGCCUGGGGUGCACCGUUUCUAAACCUCGGGGUAGCCGUGUGUCUACAGAUCCGCGAAGCGAACGAUAUUUGGAAUAUCGCGGACCUUACGCCUUUCAAUUGCUGGUUUUUGGGUACGAACGCAACAAUUUACGCUUACGGUUUGCCGGUGGUCCUGCUGCUUCUCACAGCGGGCUACUAUCUAAUCAAAGCUGCGAUCGUGUCCAGAUACACCUGCAGCAUGCAAUUGGAGAUCAAGCAACGCGAGAAAAUGAAGAGGAGGAGAGCGCUGCAGCUGAUAUUGUUUUUGAAAAUCAGCAUGAUAGUGGGCCUAGUGGCUGGCUGCGAAGUCGCGUCCAGAGUAUGGAGGAUUUCUUUUCUAUGGGCGGUGUUCUGCACCGGGCAUUCCCUGCAGGGUCUGGCCGUAGCAUUGUCCGUCGCGUGCAACUGCAGGGUUUUGAAAGUCUACGCAAGGAAAUCCUACAGACAGCCAAAGCAGCAGGUGAGCCUUCGACACGAGCAAAAAUUAAUUCGAAGACAUAGAAAGAAAAAUGUCUUUGUUCGUUGAAUAAUCGUUGGUUUUACAGAUAGCGCGAUCGAGUAGCAGCAUGCAGCUGCUCGCCCCCGCGCCCGAUCCAGUGUAGAUCGACAGAAUUUCAGAGGAACUUUCACACCGGAAGGCCCGGAAAACGAAGGGUCGCCCAUCCAAGGAUUUCAACUAUUUUUUCACCAACCACUAUAUUUUGCGAUCUCUUCGACAAAAAGACAUCGAGCUACGAUCUGAGAGAUACCUGAACACGCUCGAGGCUAAAUUACUGCAAUUCCCGUCGUUUCCCGUGCAAUUCUCGAUCGAAACUACUUACAUCCCGGCGGAUCGCAAACUAUAGAUCCCGGAAAUGUUUGCGGUUGAAAACGAAUAUCUCGGACGUAGAAAUCGAGGAACGACGAUUUAAUUUCAAUUAGCUUUCCUCGUUGCGGUCAGGGGUUACGAAGGCUUUCCCGCGGAAAGUGAACCAGAAACUCGAGAUAGUCGUGUCAACAUAUCAUCGCUAAUAUCACGACCUUUGUAUUUUUUAUGCAUCGAACGCCGCGACGCCUGAAUCGUCGUUCGUUUGGAUUCGCGUCAAGCCAAAGUGAAGAAUCGAUCGUACGAGAAAUUUUCGACAUAUCCCGGCGUUUCCUGUCGCGCGCACAGUGGAUCGUUUCCAAUUACGCGAUGCCUGUCGCCGGUGGUUCGUUCAUUUUUAUUGCUUUCCAUUUCGCCCUUUGCUUCCCAGUGAAAGUUACGGUAUAAAAAUGUCCGUGUAUCGUCCGACAGUCGAACCGUUCACCGGUGCCAUCGAAUGCUGAACUUCAAGCCGAGAACGAAACAAUAUUUUCUCCUAACGACACCCCUUCCUCGCUCGUUACCAGCAUAGAUAGACAAGGGAGGAAGGAGGACGCUCGAAACCCAACUAAAUUUCCAUUUUUAUACUCUAUUCUUGCAUAAGCAUUCGUUCAUUCUACGAAUAUUAGCAACUUAUUCCGAAAAUUUGAUUUCAAGUUAUCUUUCUCGUAGAGUACAUAUUUUGUAUCGUCGAUGUGUUGUAAACGUAUUGGAGACAGCGUUAAAGCGUACAGGAAGAACUUGCACGGUCCAAUUAUUUCGUAAUUUGUUUCCAAGGUGCCACGAAAUCGACUAUUAUUUUAAUCGAAACAAUAAUUAAUCGUACGCGAGGGCAAGCGAAGCUUUGAUUACCGAUCGCCGAACAGAGGGACGAUAAUUACGGUCGUUCGACGGGCAAAAGGCGAUAGCCGUUAUUAGGAAAACCGCGAAGAUAAUCGAGAGACAGAAACGGGAGCGAUGAAUAUCGAUCUAGCGUGAAAGGAAUCCCGUAGAACGACGCGCGUUGUAUUCGCACGCGUUCCCCGCGGUUUUGCGGCCGGCAUUCCCCUGCGAUGCAAUUAACACUCGGUAAUUACCUAUGCGAUCGUACUAGUACACGUAACCACAGCCACUCUGUAAAUGUAAGCGCAUUGUAAUUACGACGAAAUAAAUAUUUUGAAGCCCUUCCUACAGAAGUCACUUCGAGCUCCGUUUCUAUCCCAU